AUGUCCCUCAUGCAAAAGGCGUGGGCCGCCCACUUUUGUGUCACCCUGGCUGUGCUUGCCUACGGAUCUCUGAAUAAUCACCAAAGAAAGUACAUGUCAGUGGACCCAACCAAUGUCCCUGGUCAGUGUUUCAGAGCCUUUGUAGAUGUAUUAUCCAACUCCGAGACCGACGAGGAUGCUCUAAUCUGCUGUCCCAUGGGCUACGAACGAAAGGGGCUGCUUGGGAUUUGCGACAAGACACCAGCGUUUCUACCCUUUGCGAGGAGACUAUCUCAGUUUCCGGAAGCGUGGUUGCUACCCAUCUUUCCCUUUCUGCUCAGAGGCUUGCUGAGGCUUUAUCAGUUCUCCCAAAGCACACUACCAGCAUCCGUAGACUUUUCCGUGUCUGGCCUGAUUCAAUCCACUACACUGAGAAGACUGAUCAUGGCCUUUGCUUGCCUGCUGUGCCGUGGGGUGGUACUCUAUUCUUUCUUCAACUACCUAGAGCACCUGGUAGUGCCUACACCCUCGAAUGAUGAACCUUGCUGGUACCGGGAUUUUCUCAAGCAAUUCCAAACUCCUUGCUCUGGACGAACGUUUGACUUUUCAGAUCAUGUGGUACUAUACUUUGCACAACUCAUCCCUUGUGCCCUGGCAGAAACUUUGUAUUGUGUAUCCAACCCAUUCUGGAAACGAGACAACCGAGUCAUGCCAAUGGUUUUGGUUAGUGGGAUGCUAUAUCUGUAUUUCAUUACAUUUCUGGGUGCAUUCAAGACAUCUGCUUACUUCCACACACCAGCUGAAAUCUUCACGGGGUUUGCGGUGAGCCUGAUUGUACAAGUCCCAUUGUAUCUGCUUCAAUGCAGCAACAGCUGGGAACCUGUACGAUCCUUCUUUUACCCCCCAGAAGCAACCGGCUACAACACACUACUGAUACAAGCAAAUUAG